UCUCCAUCUUCCACUCUCUCAAUUUUUCAGCCGACAGAGAUCUGAGAUAGAGAGCAGAACUUCAAAAGAGACAAAAAUAGAUCUGUUAACGAGAAGAGUAACAACAGGAAUCAUGAUGGACGACGACGACUACAAACCAAAACCCACUGAGCUCAAAGUGAACGAAGCUCUCAGACUUUGCCGAGACACCACGGACAUUGAUGUCAUCAUAGAACUGACCAAACAUCAGCACCCGCAGGUCAGACAAGUCGCCCUCAGAGAAAUGUGCCCAUGCCGCGUGAAGAAAGACCUCUCCGACUUCUGGAACCGUGUCUUCGAGAUGCUGGCGGACGAUGCUGAGAACGUGCGGUACCAGGUCCUCCACACUCUGUGUGACGGCAGCCCUAGCCACCUGGAGGAGCGGAUCGCCGAGGCUCUAGAGCACUUCAACAGGGACCCCUCCACCAAGAUUAGGAGGCAGGCCCACCGGGCGCUCACGGCUUACAGGCGCACGGGAAAAUGGAACAUUCUUUGAGGGGAACAACGGGAAAGUGGAACAUUCUUUGAGGGGAACAACGGGAAAGUGGAACAUUCUUUGAGGGGAACAACGGGAAAAUGGAACAUUCUUUGAGGGGAACAACGGGAAAGUGGAACAUUCUUUGAGGGGAACAGCAGGCAAGUGGAACAUUCUUUGAGGGGAAUAAAGGGAAAGUGGAACAUUCUUUGAGGGGAACAACGGGAAAGUGGAACAUUCUUUGAGGGGAACAACGGGAAAGUGGAACAUUCUUUGAGGGGAACAACGGGAAAGUGGAACAUUUUUUUAGGGGAACAACGGGCAAGUGGAACAUUCUUUGAGGGGAAUAGCAAGAAAUUGAACUUUCUUUGAGGAGAAUAGCAAGUGGAAAAUUCUUUGAGGGGAACAACGGGCAAGUGGAACAUUCUUUGAGGAGAAUAACUGGAGCUGGGAGAACGACAGAGGGGCGUCAGCAAAAAUAAGAGAGAGAGGGGAGAGAGAAAGAGAGAGAGAGAGAGAGAGAGAGAGAGA